AUGUUGCUCAGGGGAGUGCUGGCAUCGACUGUGUUUUUGGCAACAGGAAUCUAUGCCCAAGUCGAGGACGAAAUCAUUGCCGGAUGGGCGCCGACGAAACGGCAGUCGCCAGAGGGCAUGGUUACCGUCCAUGCUGUUCAAGUUGGCAAUGCAGAAGGCAGCAAGAGGUUCUAUCCGGAUUCUCUUAAGGCUGAACCUGGCUCGAUGGUCCAGUUUCAGUUCCAUCCAGCGAAUCACUCCGUUGCGCAGUCCACUUUUGAUAGCCCCUGUUCGCCCAUCGGCGGCGGAACAGGUAUUCGAUCUGGGUUCCUACCCGUGUCGGCUGAUGCUACAGAAAUGCCCGUGUUCACGAUUAUGAUCAACGACAGCAGCCCUGUAUGGUUGUUCUGUGGCCAGAAAAAUCAUUGCCAGAAUGGCAUGGUCAUGGUUAUCAAUCCCCCUGAAGCACAAGAUAAGAACAUCGAAGCAUUCCGAUCCAUCGCUAUGAGUGGAGAAGGAGGUUCUAGCGGCGGUGGCAGCGAAGGGGCCGACAACCCUACACCCCUCCCGACCGGCGGCUCACUCCCAACCGGGGGUAUAUACCCAACGCCUGGCGGCAACGGUGGUAGCGGAAUAGCUCUCCCCUCCGACGGAUCUAUUUCGUCUACCGUUUCUUCAGGCAGGCCAACACCGACCCAAACCGCUGAUCCGUUCAUAUCUACAGGCAACGCAGCACCCCAGCAAAUUUCCCAUGCUGCAACCCUCUCUGGAUUGGUAGUUGCUGCCUUUGCAAUUUUCGGGUUGUGA